AUGACCGUUAUGCAAGUGAUGAUGCAGCCUUUUGGCAUCAUGAAUGCCUUGAGAGGCAAGAUUUCAGUCCCGAUCAGCGCAACUGCAGCCCUAGCGGCGGCCCUAACGGCUCCAAAGAGCACGGCCUUGUACAGCUUUUGUGGUGAGUUGACCAUGUCGCAGUCAAACUCGAGACACUCACGACACUUUGCAGAAUGGUGGACGCUCUUGGUGUCGUCGUUUAUGAUGUUUUUUAGCGUUACGUGUUUCGUUUUGCUAGAAACCGGUCGAUACGAGGGAAUUCGUGCCGUUUUCGACACAAAGCCAUGGCAAAACGCCGCUCCACUACUGGAAGACUCCGACGAGCUGACGAAAGCAGAGUCAAAAUUGAUGUGUCCUUUCACAGGACAAGAGGGCUCUGGAACGUGUCCGAUCUGUCAUUCUAUCGUGUCUCAUAAUGGUUAUUAUCACGGAGAUCCACCCAUACUACACACCGUCGUUGGCGACUCGAUUCUCGAACACAGACUUGCGAUGCAAGCCAGCGAAAUAGACGAUAAACCAAGGCUCGCACGAGUUCAACUCGACAAUUUCAUCAAAUAUCGCGGUAAUUUUCUAUUUGCCACGAUCAGUCCGUCUUGUAAGGGGUGCUACAUGAAGGCGUGGUGCUGGACUGUGGGGUACCGCAUGGUUUGGCAAUCCACUAUUUUGGGCUUCAACACGAUGUUGUGCAGUCAUCUAUUCGGUGAAGAGGUGCUUCUUUUCGACUUGAAAAGCAUGUUGCUUUGUCUUUCGAUGUUUUUCUCAAUUUCUACGGUAUGCAUGCUACUGUCUUUGCUCGCGACGGCCGUCGUGUUCAUCCGCGAACACACAUUCAUGCACACGGCUGAGGUGCCCAAGUUCGUGACACAGGACAUGGGGGUCGUUGAAGUAUUGCUCCGGAUCAUGGCGGAUCCACGGGCAAGAUACGGAGUAAAUCCGAGCAAAACAUACUGGAGUUGGCUAUGGACAGUGAAAAAGGCGUGA